AUGGAAGCGGUAGCUGAGGGACUAUGGGGAUUAGCAGAUUACGCGGAGGAGGAAGGAGAGAUAGGAAAAGCAGUGAAAUGCCUUGAAGCCAUCUGUCAGAGCCACGAGUCAUUCUUACCGAUUGUGGAGGUGAAAAGCCGAGUUCGCCUCGCAACCCUCCUCCUGAAGCACACUCACAACGUGAAUCAAGCCAAGUCCCACCUUGAACGCUCCCAACUUCUGCUCAAACAGAUUCCUUCUUACUUCGACUUAAAAUUCCGAACUUUCAGUUUGUUAAGUCAGUGUUAUCAUCUCGUUGGAGCUAUUCCUCCUCAAAAACAAACUCUCCUUAAAGCUCUCGACCUCACUGCUUCCCUUCAUCCUCCUCAGGUUUCGGUGAGGUUAUGGGCUUGCAAUUUCAAUUCACAGCUGGCUAAUGCUUUAAUUAUUGAAGGAGAUUAUGAUUCUGCUAUCUCUGCUUUGGAAUCUGGUUUUGAUUCUGCUACUCAAUUAGGUUAUCCCGAGUUACAGAUGUUUUUUGCAACUUCCAUACUACACGUACAUCUGAUGCAAUGGUACGAUGAUAAUUCAGUUCAGUCUGCUCUUCAUAGAUGCGACCAGCUUUGGGAAUCAUUAGGCCCUGAUAGAAGGGAACAAUGCCUUGGUUUGCUUUUUUACAAUGAGCUGCUUCACAUAUUUUAUCAACUUCGUGUCUGCGACUACAAGAAUGCCAAUCAACACGUGGAAAAGUUGGAUGCUGCUAUGAAGGCUGACUCGCAGAAAAUGCGGGAAGCACAGAGACUAACCAAUGAACUUAAUGCAUUAAACCAAAGUCUUUCCAGACCUAACUUACCCAACAGAGAGAGGUCCUUGCUGUCUUCAAAACAUGCUCAAGUUCAAGACCAUCUCUCGAGUAUGAACAAGACAAAUUCAUCCGGGGAACAACCUUUGGAACCUGCAUAUUUUGGAAAUAUUAAAAGGUCAUGGCAAGAUAAGCUUGUUUUGGCACCGCCUCCUAUUGAUGGAGAGUGGUUGCCAAAAAGUGCAGUCUAUGCUCUGGUUGACCUUAUGGUGGUUAUAUUUGGUCGACCAAGGGGACUUUUUAAGGAGUGUGUUAAGCGAAUUCAAUCUGGAAUGCGUACUAUUCAAGCGGAGCUGGAGAAGCUUGGAAUAACUGAUGGUGUUAGAGAAGUGGAUUUGCAGCACUCUGCCAUUUGGAUGGCUGGUGUGUAUUUAAUGCUUCUAAUGCAGUUCCUUGAAAACAAAGUUGCUGUGGAGCUCACAAGAUCUGAAUUUGUUGAAGCACAGGAGGCAUUGGUGCAAAUGAAAGAGUGGUUCAUUCGCUUUCCAACAAUUUUACAGGCCUGUGAGAGUAUAAUUGAGAUGCUAAGGGGGCAAUAUGCUCACUCUGUUGGCUGUUAUAGUGAAGCAGCUUUUCAUUACAUUGAAGCUGCAAAGCUAACAGGGAGCAAGUCAAUGCAAGCUAUGUGCCAAGUUUAUGCAGCUGUCUCUUACAUCUGCAUCGGUGAUGCUGAAUCAUCAUCACAGGCACUUGAUUUGAUUGGACCAAUUUACAGAAUGAAGGAUUCUUUUGUUGGAGUUCGAGAGCAAGCGAGUGUUCUUUUUGCUUAUGGCCUUUUAUUGAUGAGGCAGGAUGAAUAUGAGGAAGCACGAGCUCGGCUGGCCAAGGGCCUGCAGAUUGCACAUAAUAGUAUGGGUAACCUUCAACUCAUUGCACAGUAUUUGACCAUCCUUGGACAUUUGGCUCUUGCCCUGCAUGAUACUGUGCAAGCCAGAGAGAUCUUGAGAUCUUCCCUUACACUGGCAAAGAAGCUUUAUGAUAUCCCGACUCAGAUCUGGGUGCUGUCUGUUCUUACAGGUUUGUAUAAAGGAUUAGGUGAGAUUGGGAAUGAAAUGGAGAACGAGGAAUAUCGAAAGAAAAGGUUAGAUGAUCUGCAAACAAAACUUGCCGAUGCUCAUUCCUCCAUUCAUCACAUUGAACUGAUUGACAAGGUAAGAUUUGAAGUUCAACAGCUUCAUGAACUUGACAUCAAGCGUGCUAUGGAAAGCCAGUCCAUGAGAGUCAGCCUCGACAUUCCAGAGUCUGUUGGUUUAACAAAUCCAUUGCCAUCUUCUUCAGCGUCAAGACUACUAGAUUUGGACAAUCUGGACAAUCGACGGCGUGGGAAGAGAAAAAUUUAG